UUCAGCACAUGCCAAAAGCAGUUCUUCUUCACAACUGGUGAGACCAGAGCAUCCUGGGUGUGGGGCCAUGGAGGAAUUGGAUGCCUUGCUGGAGGAACUGGAACGUUCCACCCUCCAGGACAGUGAUGACUAUUCCAACUCUGCUCCUCUUCCACUGGAUCCGUCUUCCAGAAAGGAGAGUAACCCUGAUGAGACUUCAAAGCUGCUCUCCGUCCAGGAUAGCACGAAUCCCUUUCCGGUACAGCUCGUGUAUACCACCAAUAUCCAGGACCGCAAUGUCUACAGUGAGGUCCAAGAGCCAAAGAAAUCUCCACCACCUGCUAAAACCUCAGCAGCUGCCCAGUUGGAUGAGCUCAUGGCCCACCUGAGUGAAAUGCAGGCCAAGGUGUCAGUGAAAGCAGAUGCUGGCAAGAAACCCGUAGCAGAGAAGCAGGACCACAAGGCUUCCCUGGACUCAAUGCUUGGGGGCUUGGAGCAGGAGUUGCAGAACCUUGGGAUCCCGACAGUGCCCAAGGGCCACUGUGCUUCCUGCCAGAAACCCAUUGCUGGGAAGGUGAUCCAUGCUCUGGGGCAAUCCUGGCAUCCAGAGCACUUCAUCUGCACUCACUGCAAGGAAGAGAUUGGCUCCAGUCCCUUCUUCGAGCGGAGCGGCUUGGCCUACUGCCCCAAGGACUACCACCACCUUUUCUCACCACGCUGUGCCUACUGUGCAGCUCCCAUCCUGGAUAAAGUGCUGACAGCAAUGAACCAGACCUGGCACCCGGAGCACUUCUUCUGCUCUCACUGUGGAGAGGUGUUUGGUACAGAAGGCUUUCAUGAGAAGGACAAGAAGCCAUAUUGCCGAAAGGAUUUCUUAGCCAUGUUCUCACCCAAGUGUGGUGGCUGCAACCGCCCGGUGUUGGAAAACUACCUUUCAGCCAUGAACACUGUCUGGCACCCGGAGUGCUUUGUGUGCGGGGACUGCUUCAGCAGUUUUUCUACCGGUUCCUUCUUUGAACUGGAAGGCCGUCCGUUCUGUGAGCUCCACUACCAUCAGCGCCGAGGAACCCUCUGCCAUGGGUGUGGGCAGCCCAUCACGGGCCGCUGCAUCAGCGCCAUGGGGCACAAGUUCCAUCCUGAGCACUUUGUGUGUGCUUUCUGCCUCACACAGUUGUCAAAGGGCAUCUUCAAGGAGCAGAAUGACAAGACCUAUUGUCAGCCUUGCUUCAACAAGCUCUUCUCACUGUAAUCUCAAUUGAUCCACAGCCUCUUCUGAUCCCCUUUAAAAUUUAAAGCAAGAGGAAGGAAUAGAUAAAUUGUUACUGACCUGUGGCUUGAUAAUUUUAUAGAGAGAGUAAAGGUGGUGAGCAACUAAGGGAACUGGUAGUUGUUACAGGAACAGGCUUCUAAUCUUAUGUUUUAGGCUUCUAGUCUUUUUUUUUUUUUAUCAAGUAAUUUGAUUUAGAUCCUGCUAUCAGUUCCCCAUAAGACAUGUUUUCCACUUGUGCGAUUUCUUUCACUGCUGGUUUUCUUAGGUUUCUCCCUUUUCACCUUGACCGAUGUCCCUCCACAUAACUGCCUCUUUCCAGCUUCCCCCGUUUUCCCCUGUGGUUCACCAUUCCAUGUUCCCCAUAAGACAUGUUUUCCACUUGUGCGAUUUCUUUCACUGCUGGUUUUCUUAGGUUUCUCCCUUUUCACCUUGACCGAUGUCCCUCCACAUAACUGCCUCUUUCCAGCUGCCCCCAUCUUCCCCUGUGGUUCACCAUUCCAUGUUCACUGCUAUGAUUUUAUCCUUGCUGUCAGGAACCAUGAAACCACUCUUAAACUCUCCCCUUCUUCCUUCAGUCUAUUUCUCUUUUUCAAGAGGAAGUGAAUUUUAAUUUUAAUUACUGACAUCCUUGAUAAAUAAAAUGGCUUGUGAUUUUAA